AUGUCAAGAAGAACUAAAAAGGUCGGUUUGACGGGAAAGUACGGGACCAGAUAUGGAUCAUCCCUCCGAAAACAAAUAAAGAAGAUAGAAUUGAUGCAACAUGCCAAAUAUAUGUGUACCUUUUGUGGGAAGACGUCAACUAAAAGAACCUGUGUUGGCAUAUGGCAAUGUAAGAAAUGCAAAAGAAAGGUUUGUGGAGGAGCUUGGAGUUUGACCACCCCAGCAGCAGUUGCAGCGAAAUCAACAAUUAUUAGACUCAGAAAACAAAAGGAAGAGGCACAGAAAUCAUAA